AUGUUAGCAUAUGGCUGCGCAACUAAUCAAGUUGAUGAGUACCUCAAGCUUGGGGCAACUACGGCUAGGCAUUGUAUCACGCACUUUGUUGGCGGAGUGAUUUGUGAAUUCUCAGCAGAGUACUUGAGGAAACCAAUCCCUGCAGAUAUGAAUUGUCUUCUAAGAGAAGGAGAGGAAAGAGGUUUUCCUGGGAUGUAUCAAGGGCGAUCAAAAACGGCGACGGUUAUCUUAGAAGUUGUUGCAUCUUGGGAUUUGUGGAUAUGGCAUGCCUUUUUUGGAACACUUGGAUCGUGCAUCGAUAUAAAUGUCCUUCAACGUUCACCCGUCUUUGACGACAUUUUAAAUGGUCGUGCUCCACAACUUCAGUUCACCGUGAAUGGAAAUACUUACAAUCAAGGGUAUUAUCUCACAGAUGGGAUCUGCCCAAAAUGGGCAACAUUUAUAGAUGCGAUAAUUGCACCUCAAACCCCUAAACAAUGA